GGGCUCCGCACCGCUAUGGCCGGUCCCGGCUCCGAGGGGUCCGCGGCCCCGGCCUCCUCCUCUUCCUCCUCCUCCUCCUCCUCCUCCUGCCGCUGGAAAAGCCACAUUGUCCGGCAGCUCCGCCAGCGGGACCUGGCUCAGAAGGGGCUGUUCGCCGACCUGGUGCAGGCCUACACCAAGCUGUUGGACAAGUCAGAUCUGCUGGGCCGUGUCACGAAGAAGCUGCAGGCUGAGUCUGGGGAGGCCUCUUCCGGCUACCUCAUCAGAAUCCAACCCACAUCCCCCGUGCUGGAUCCUGCCCCAACGCUGGAGGCCCUGAGGGAGAGGUGGCAGGAGGAAAUUGCCAAGAUAAAAUUGACAAGCGGGGAGCUGGCUUAUCGGGUCAUCAAGCACAGAGAAGACCUAGAGGCCAAGGAGCAGGAGCUGGAGAAUCAGAGGGAAAGGCUCUCGGCCCUGGAUGCCCAGCUGGCGGGGCUGCAGGAGGAGCAUCGGGGCCUAGAGGAGCAGGUGGCGGGGCGGAACCGGGCGAACACGACUCUGAAGUUGGGGUACGACCUGCUGCGGGCCCACGCCCAGCGCCAGGACAGGGAGCUGCAGCGGCAGGAGGAGGAGGGCCGGGAACUCCUGCAGCGGCUGCUUCGCGGGAAGGCCCAGGCGGCUGCCCGCCAGAACCACCACAACGAGCGGGGAGAGAGGGCCAAACAAGCCAGAUUGACCCAGGAGCUACAAAAGGCAGGGAAGAGAACCAUCAGCAUCGAUGAGUCCACGAAGCCACUGGACCCGGCUGCCCAGGAGACGUGUGAACCAGUGGUGCCCGAGGUUCCCAGGAAGCAGUGGGCACGACCCUUCAGGUCAGCUUCUGCCACGUCCUUGACUCUGGCACGAUGUGUGGAUGCUAUGAUGAUGGGGCUGAUGGCUUUCAGGAAGAAGCGAGGACACUCGGCCAGCGGGGUGGCCGAGCCGCCGUAUCGCAGCAUCGCCCUCUGCGCAGCCUCUCACCUGCCAUCCAGAGCCUGUGACACCCAGGAGGCUCACCAUUCGGAGGUUAACGCAGCCGUGUUCAGUCCCCUUGGCAGUCAGCUGGCCACCGGUGGGGCUGAUCGGGUCAUCAAGCUCUGGAACGUGGUGGGAGGUCGCCUAUUGCUGGAUCAACGGCUGGAAGGAGUCAGCGGAACCAUCACCAGCAUCGAGUUUGACCCCUCGGGGAUGCAGGUCUUAGCUGCCUGCUAUAAUAACGCUGCCCAGCUCUGGAAGGUGGGCGAGAGCCAGUCUAAGGAGACGUUGUCGGGACACAAGGACAAAGUCACGGCCGCCAAGUUCAGAUCCAACCGGUUCCAGGCCGUGACGGGGAGCCGAGACCGAACUGUGAAGGAAUGGGACCUGGGGAAAUUGCAAUGCUCCCGCACCAUUAAUGUGGUCUCCUACUGCAAUGACGUGGUCUGCGGGGAAAACGUGAUCAUCAGCGGUCACUACGAUCAGAAGAUUCGUUUCUGGGACAGCAGGGUUCCCCGCUGCACAGACGUGAUCCCGGUGGCUGGUAGAGUGACCUCCCUCAGCAUCAGUCCUGACCGGCUGCACCUUCUCAGCUGCUCCCGGGACGACACCCUCAAGGUCAUUGACCUCCGGGCCAACAACAUCCGCCAGGUGUACAGGGCCGACGGGUUCAAGUGUGGGUCAGACUGGACCAAAGCCACGUUCAGCCCAGAUAAGCGUUUCGCCAUCGCCGGUUCGGUGAACGGGGCCUUGUUUAUCUGGGACGUGGAGACGGGCCUGCUGGAGGCGAGUCUGGAAGGGCCUCACAGGGCCCCAGUCAACGCUGUGGCCUGGUGCUUCUCUGGGAGCUGCGUGGUCAGCGUGGACCAGGAGAGGAAGGCGGUGCUGUGGACCUAGCCAUGCCAAUCUCAUGCCCAUCCAGCCCUGAGCUUGGCACCCUCUGGCUCCCUCCAGCUCCCUCCUGUGCCCGGCACCUCAGCCCCAGGAGCGGGCAUGGCAGGGCCUGCCCAGCUCAGUGGACAUGGGACAGUGGGACAAACCAUAGCAACUGUGGGCCGACGCAGUGGGGAGGCAGGAGCUGUGGGGCUCAUCUUUGCCAAAAAAGAGGUUUGCAGCCUCAAAAUAAUAAUAAUAAAAAAAGUUUUGCA